AUGCCCGAGCGGUGGCGGAAAUGUCCGAGCGCUGCCAAGAUGGAGGCGGCUGAGCCCUGCGGCCUGUGUCUGCGGGAGCGGGCCGCCUACACGUGCCCCCGCUGUAACGUGCGUUUCUGUUCGGUGCCCUGUUACCAAGGCCACGGGGCCUGCGCCGAGGCUUUCCACCGCCGGCAGCUGCUGCUCCGGCUCCAGGGCCAGCGGGGGGACCCGGCCUCCCGAACCCGCCUGAAAGAAGCCCUGCUCCGGCUGCGGGAGCUACGCGAGCUCGGGGAUGCGGAGCCCCAGCUAGACCGCGACCCUGAGGACCAGGACGACGGUCUGUGGGAGCGGCUCAGUCCGGCCGAAAAGGCCGCCUUUCAGCGCCUGCUAAGCAGCGGGGAGAUUGGAGCCUUUCUGCCCCCGUGGAGGCCCUGGUGGUGGGGAUGGGGCCGGGGGCUGGUCCAGGAGCUGGGGGGUGCUGAGGGUGCCCAACCCCCUGCUGUCCAGAAGCCAGAGAAGAAGACCCCAAGCUCGGCACCCAUCCACCAGCCACUGGUACCCCAAGGUGCUUCCCCCCCCAUGGGCACCCAGCAGCCACAGGCGAGCUCAAGUAUGGCACCCACCCAGCAACCUGAAGAAAUGCCAAGCCCAGUUCCUGCUGUGCCUGCAUCCGUUCCACCACUGAGCUCCCUGACCUGCAGCCCAGCCUCACCCCUGGUGUGUUUCCAGCUGCCUAAUGUCCUUUAUGCCUACGUCUUCGCCCUCACCCUCUACAAUGGGGACUUGAGUGAAGAUGAGCUGCUGCCUGAGUUCUCUGACAUGGUCCUGGAUGUCGCUGGGGCAUUGGGUGCCAAGCAGGUCUUCCACUCCACAGCAGAGGCGCUGCAGGCUUCCCUCCAGGCAGUGACAGCCAGCCGGUACCCUGAGUGCCCCCUGGGGAAUGCAGGUGCUAUGAUGGCAGUGGCCCAGAUCCUGAUGGGGGAGAAUCAAGCCAUGCAGAAAGGCUACAGCCUGGCAGCCCUCUCCCAUCUUGCCAGGCUGCUGGGCAAGGCCAAGAAACUGGUGCCAACAGAGAAACGGCCCAGGGUGUAUGGCGCCAAGAAGAAGUGUGAUUUUCUGCUCUCCUGGGUCAAUGAGAACCAGGAAUCUUUGACUGUCCUGGCCCUAGAGGUGCAAAGGGAAUAUAAAACCCAUUUGGAGGCAGUCAAAGAAGUAGAUGUAGUUACCAAAGAACUGCAGAAGAUGUGGGGUGGGAAACUGCCCCCUGCAAAAAAGCCAUUGAUCGAGGAGUUGGACUGAUGGCUGGAACUUAGUCAUCCCUAAAACCUUCCACACUUAAAACAUUGGGGGAUUUGAGUGGAAUUGGACCCAUUUAGAGACCAGAUUAUUUUUUUAAGUGGGAAAAACUGAAUGAACCCUCUCUUGGUGAAUAGCUAUUUUAGAUAAAUCCACCACACUGAGUCUUGGCACAAAUGUUGAUCUGGUUUCUAGGGAGUUGACCUGUUGCAAUAAAAAGAGCAAAGCAGC